AUGUACUUCAAAGACUCAAGUUUAAACAAAAGAAUACAAGAAUUAAAAGACUUGAUUGAUUUAGAAAAAGAUGUUGAGAAGAUUGUACCAUAUCCAGAACCGACAAGAUCAAAAGUUCCAUAUAAACAACAAUUAUUACCUUUUCAUAUAAAAGAUAAUAUAAUAACUUUAGAUUUAAAAGAUAAUAAAUUAUUGAACUCAUCACUUUUUCCAAAGACUAACAAAGAAAAAUUGGAAAAUUUAUUGAAAAAACAUUCAGCUAGUUAUUGGGUUAAAUUAAAAUAUUUUUCAACUAAGGCUUGGAUAUUAAUUAAUGAAAGUUUUAGUAUUAUCUUUUAUGAUAUUUUAGAAAUUUUAUCAACAAUCAUAAUUUUUAUUUAUUAUACAAUUCGUGGAUUGAUUUACUUAUCAGUAGACGUUUUGAUACUUUUAGGUUGUGGUUUUCUAAUUUCACUGCCAAUAACUAUACCAUUUGGACUUACUUUUGGCUUGGUUUAUGGCUUGGCUGAUUGA